CGCGCAGGGCGCCGCCGCCGCCGCCGCCGCCGAGAACCGGCCGUAGCCCGGGCAAGAAUCGCUUGUCUCCUCUGGGCCCCGCCGCUCCCGGCAGAAGGGUCCCGGAUUUGGUGUGAACAACAUUACAGGAGGAAAAUGACACACUGGUUUCAUCGCAAUCCUUUGAAGGCUACAGCUCCUGUUCAGUUCAAUUAUUAUGGGGUAGCUACCACUCCAGCUUCAUCUAAGAUUUGCAAUGAUUUGAGGUUAUCUCGGACACGACUGCUGGAGCUGUUUACAGACUUGAGCUGUAAUCCAGAGAUGAUGAAGAAUGCAACUGACUUGUACUUUUCGCUCUUGCAAGGUUUUAUCCUUUCACUGGAUGACUCUUCCCAAGAAUGCAAACUGCGAUAUAUUCAGAAUUUCAAGUGGACAGACACAUUGCAGGGACAUGUUCCAUGUGCCCAGCAGGAUGCAGUAUUUGAGCUGGUUUCCAUGGCUUUUAAUGUAGCUCUGUGGUACACAAAAUAUGCAUCAAGACUCGCUGGAAAAGAAGAUAUAACAGAAGAUGAAGCAAAAGAUGUUCACAGAAGCCUGAAGAUAGCAGCUGGGAUUUUUAAGCAUUUGAAGGAAUGUCAUAUUCCAAAAUUGAUCACACCUGUGGAAAAAGGAAGAGAUUUGGAACCUCGACUUAUAGAUUCUUACAUCAUCCAGUGCCAAGCUGAAGCUCAAGAAGUGACAAUUGCUCGGGCUAUUGAGCUGAAACACAAUCCAGGUCUAAUAGCUGCCCUUGCUUACGAGACGGCUAACUUCUACCAAAAAGCUGAUCAAACAUUAUCCAGUUUGGAUCCAACCUAUGCAGGUAAAUGGAGGAAGUACUUAAACUUGAAGUCCUGUUUCUAUAUGGCUUACGCUUACUGCUACCAUGGUCAAACUUUACUGGCCAGUGAUAAGUGUGGAGAAGCAAUUAGAUCUCUUCAAGAAUCAGAAAAAUUUUUUGCUAAGGCUGAGGCACUGUGCAAAGAGUAUGGAGAAACCAAAGGACCUGGGACUACUGCCAAACCUUCUGGACAUCUCUUCUUUAGGAAGUUAGGAACUUUGAUUAAGAACACACUUGAAAAAUGCCAGAGAGAGAAUGGAUUCAUCUAUUUUCAGAAGGUGCCUGCAGAGGCUCCCCAGCUGGAAUUGAAAGCAAACUAUGGCUUAGUAGAGCCUGUUCCUUUUGAAUUUCCUGCCUUGAAUGCACACUGGACUCCUGAAACACUUGCUGCAUUUGAUCUCACCAAGAGACCAAAGGAUGACACUGCUAAACCAAAACCAGAUGAAGAAGUAAAGCCUCUGAAGGAACCAGAUAUAAAGCCUCAAAAAGACAGUGGAUGCCAGAUUUCUUAAGUGCCAUAGGUGCUUUGAAUUCACUUUAAAACUGUAUUAAUUGGACUCUGGGGCUUUUAUUCCUGAUCUCCCUUUUUCUGGUUCUUCUUUUUUAAUUUAGAAGACUAAUAUGGUUUACUUUUGUUAGUAUGCAUCUAUCUUGCUUAAGAAUGUGACGCAUUUCUAGCAGUUUAUUUAUAUCUGACUUUUUUUUUUUGCUUUAGUGGGGUAUCAUAGAAUGAAUGGGCUUAAAUGUUCCUAUUGUGCCUCUAGAGAGUUUCUUUUUGUGGGUUUCUAUCCACAAGUAGCAAAGGAAAUAUCACGAUUGUAAUGCUUGAGGAUUUUCCAUUAAAGUAUAUGCUGUAUAAUGUCACAAUCUGCAAACAGAAGUUUGCAAGAGCAGUUAUAUUUAUUCAGGUUUUUCAUACAGGCUUAGCAUCUUGCCAUGUUAUAAUUUACUUAAUUGCAGUGAGUGAAGAAAAUAUAGGUUUGUAUUUAACGCUCCGGUGGUAUUUCACAGGACUUGGAAAACCUGAAGUUUUGCAUAAUUGGAGCACAAUGUAUAUUCUUCUGAAACUAUGAGCCUCUGUUCUUUCCUUUCUAGAUUAAGGUUCUUGUAUAAGAAUUUGUGGUGAGGCACUUUAGCUUGUCUGUCCUUAAAUUAAAAUCCUUUAUUAUCACAUUGUACGUGAAAGUAAUGCAGCAAGUAAUAAGUAAAUACUUGAAAGUGAUGCAUUGCAACAUCAUACAUUCAUAACUUUUGAAUUUUUAAAGUGCUGGUAACUUUGAAAGCUGCAGAUAUUUGAAAUCUCCUGACACUAGAAAAGCUCAGUUUGAAUUUAUGAAGCUGUAAUGCAUAAGGUAGUAGAAUGGUAACUAAGAUGGUGUGUUUCCAUUCAGGUAAUGUCUAAAAGAAGCUGUUAAGAUAACAGGUCAGAUUAGGUGAAUUGCUGAAAGAACAGCUGGGAAACCAAGCUCUAGAUUUCCUUUAUGCUGUGUGAAAACAGUGCUGUAUGUCAGUUUUUGUGGCAGUGCACUGAAAUCAGCUCCUUUUGAAGAGAUUUUGCUGAAAGCCAAGCUCAGUCAAGACUGAGAAAGUAUUUUGCAGAACUUGCUUUUUCUGUAUCUGCUUACUGUGGAAAAUGUGAUAGCAUUCUUUAGUACUGAGCACUCAACACCACCCAUGUCAACAAAACUUUCCAAUUUGUUGUAAGAGGAAAAAAAAAAUACAGUGCAUGUAUUGAAGUGAGAGCCUUGCAGUCUCUAGAUACUAGUUACUGCAUUUCACUCUACCUGAGAAGGAAAUUGAGCUUGAGAAUGUUCCCGUUUCAGGAAAACAUGAUGGCAUGUGCACUUAACACGACGUGUGCUGUAAAAAUGUUCUUUGCAUCGCACUGUCUGGAUUGGUUCUCUUUCCACUGUGGUAUAAUUCAGUAUUUUUUUUUUUUAUUUUCAACAUUCCAUUGGACCAGUGAAGCUUAGUUUGUAGAGCUGGAGCACAGCUCCUUGAUGGCCUAUGGAUCUAAAACCUUUUGAUAAGGUUAGUGUGAGCCCCAAGACUCUUCCCAUGGUAAUGGACCAAAGUGCAGAAUUCACUGCUGUAAAGGCAAAGAGGAUCUAAUAUUGGCUAUGGUGGUGAAUCAAAUGCAGAAUUUGCACCUUCUGUUGAUGGAUUUUUCUUUUAGCCAGGUCUGUGCACAAAAAUAAUCAUAAAAUUAACUGAGUUGCUGCUUUGGAAGAAGUUUCAUAUCUUUAAGGACUUAUGUGGGUAGAGAAUAGUAACCAUCAAGAAGAAUUUACGUCCAAAAUAGGUCCAUUUCCUUCUAAUGCUGCAGAAUUAGUUGGGGUAUAUUUUAUGAAGAGUUAUUCAGAUCUGUUUGUAACAGAAAGUAAUCUGUUUGUAACUUGAUUGGCUAAGUUUUUAGAUGUCUUGCAUUGUUAAAAAAAAAAAAAAAACCAGCUUAAAUUUUGCCAAAAUGGAGUGUGGAGCUAUUUUGCCAGAACAGAUUUUUAAUCCUUCUACAAAGCUUAUUACAGCUGUAGUCAUCUGCAUUUGCUUAGCCUGCUCCCUUUAAGGAUCAAGAUGCAGUAAACUCCAUUUCAAAAUCGUGAAUUUUUGUAGUUGCUCAUUGUUCUUAAGAGGUCUCUGUGUGUCAAUAUUUAUAUCUCCCAGCCCAAUCAGUUUUCUUUUUAGACAGACUGUAUUCCAUUUUUUUCCUUCUCCCCUCCCUCUCCAUCUGCUACGCUCUGUGGCACAGACUUACCUUUGUCUGCUAAUGCACAUGUAGAUGCCAGGACUCGUUUCCAGUGAGGCUUUGACCAUGGGUGUAUUUCAGUGUAUGAAUAUCUUGAACAAAUCAUGACUAAAUCAUUCCCAAACAACUGCUUAGGGAAGAUUAUUUUAAGGACUUGUAAUUCUUAAUUCCCUGGACGUUUUCUUCAACCAAGUGGUUUGUUUGAAUCAAGCUCGUUGUAAAUAGUUCAGAGCAUAAGCAAGUGGGUUGUGUCAGAUGAUGGCAUUACUUAAGCCUAGCCAUGAAACUUCUUAUGCCAUAGCUGUUUCGGUAAAUAUGAUGUAGUAGCUUAAAAAUAGACUAAUGGAACAAACUAAGUCACUUAACAUGUGUUGCUUUUCAAGACAAACUUUGUUUACUCGUAGUUAAAAUCCUAUGGUGAACUUUGGAUAGUUUUGCCCAAGAAUAAGGAACUGGAGACUGCUUAGUGUGCAAAGUAUAGAGUGUGGCCAGCUGGUGAGCAGUUUUCCCUUUGGUUUUGUUGGAUGGUGGCAAGAAUUACUGUAAAUAAUAUAUAGAUUGCCUGUUGAAUGUGCUCAAGAAUACAGGUGAAUUGACUGAGAGUUUGGGAAAUUCAGAAACUUAGCAGCUGUGUUCCUUCAAUUACGAUUUCCUUUUGUAAUUUUUAAGAGUGAGGUAUUUUGAGAGAUGACCUUUUAGUAUUCUUUUGCUGUAAGAGCCUGCUUGUGUGGCCUCUCUCUGGUUUAGAAGCUCUGCUGAUUAAACCUUCAAAUGGUGUUGGUGUAAAUAGUCUUUAUAAACUUGUGCUCGGUCUGAGAUAGGACAAAACUGCAACUGAAUAAAAUACUGAGUGCUGGGCCCUCUACUUCAUUCUUUUAAAAUGUAUUGAUUGUCUUUAAUCUUGUAUAAAUCAAACUAUUGAGCUAUUUGUAAGAUUUAUAUCUAAAUAUCUCUGAUACACUUCUUCCAUGUUCCAUGUUUCUGGGUUGAGAGUAGUUAGUCUCACAUACUGGGUGGAGGUUCCUGGAACUAGGGGACUGCAUUUGGCCCUUGGAUGCUGAUGCCCAACUCCCUUCAAUAGAGAAGUUUUGCCUGUCAGCCUAGGGAUAAUAUUUGAUCACCUGAUGGUUCAGCAUGAAUAAGUGGUGUGUCUGUAAUGAUAAUGCUGGUUCAUAGUAUAAGCAAGAAAACAGAUACCUGUAUCUGCGUAGGAUAUAGUCACCUUUGCACUUUAGAAUUUCUGAUCUUACAAUUUUAGUACAAUACCAUAUGAUUGUAAAUAUUCCUUCCUGUCCUUUUGAUUUGGUUGCACUGAUUUCACUACUGUGCUAUGGAUACGAUUUUUAUGAGAAGCAUUACUAAAAUGUAUUUUUAAUUGUCUAUGUGUAAAAUAAACUCAUGAAGCUUAUCUCUGUCUUCAGUAUUCAGGGAACACAAGAGGAGGCAGUAAUCCCUCUGUGUUCCAUGUGAAUUCAGAGUAGCUGAAAGUUUCUCUAUAUUGGCUGAGGGCUGAUACAUCAUUACGCCUUGUCCCCUGCACCUACUAUCUAACUCCUAUCUACCUUGAGGUUCCAACAUUAACUUAACUCCUGUUUGUGUAUAUUACUUAUCCCUGAAAAAAUAAACUGAAACCCAUAUUUAAGGGUCAUUGUGUUAUCACAGCAGUAGCAGCUGGUGUUGUCAGAUGGUCCUCGUAGUGGAUAUCUGUUUCUAGAUUUAGAGUGUGCAAAAUGUAGGCUUUUCUGCAGUGGUGGUUGAAUUUACUCAAGUCUUUUUCUUCUGGUAAUGCUCUGAAGUUGAACAAAUGUUACCUAGCAGCUGAGGAGCCCCUGGAUCAGCUAUUGAUGUAGGAAGGCCUACCUCCUUUGGUGGUUGGGCCCUUGUGAAUUUCAGUCUAUAGGAAACAAACCUGUACUGUGAUCAAACCUCAGUUCAUCAGAACCAGUUCUGAUGAGACUGAACCAAGCAGCAUUAUUUUAUGAAGACAGUCACCAUGCCAUCUUCAGCUUCAUGAUUUGUAAAUUUGUAUGUAACCUCAAGUUUCAGAAUAUUUAAACAACCUGAAUGUGUUUUGUUUUACCACUCAGAACACUAAGUAUAGUAGCAAGAAGCAGCAUCUAUUUUGAAUGUCACUUGAAUUCGAUAUGAAUGUAAUAAUUAUAUAGAGAAUACUUUGGUUCUGUAGUAUGGCCACAGGGGAGUAACGUGAAUUGAGUGCAUAGAGAAAUUGUAAUUAUAAUGAAGCACCUCAUGGCUGUUUGGUUGUUUUUGUUUGUUUGUUUUUAGUAUUUAAGCACGAUUCUGUGAGCCUGUAUGAAGUCCUAGUGCUUACCAAGUCCUGUGAGAGUGCAGGACAUUCUGUAUCCUCUGGUCAGGGACUUCAGUGCUAUGUGGAUUGCUGGACACUUCACUACAUUGCCAGCAGGUGGCAAAUGAAUGAGUAACAAAUGUAUUAUUUUCAGAGAAUCAGCUGGCUGUUUUAGUUCUCUGUAAACACGUACUGGUGCCUUCCAGCCCCUGAGGGUUUAGCUGGGUUUCUAGAAGAAAGAAGUAGCCUGAGGGAAUUAGAUGCUGACUGCUAUGUAAAGCAGAAAGCCUGCAACUGUCUUUUUUAAUGCUUGCCUCAGCAGUAGCAAUUGACACGCGCAUGUUUUGUGCUUUAUUAUUUCUCUCUUCUUCUUGCUCUGGUUUCUCUUUUAGCUGUUUUGAAUCUAAUACAAAGUUUGCAAAUAGCCAGAACCCACCCACAGUUCAAAUACAAGCAGUCCAUGCAUCCUGUAGCUUUGGGGUUGGGUUUCCUGAUUUCCCACUGGCCCUGCGUUGCUGCUAAUGCUACAAGGCAGGUCUGUCUGAACGGAAUGGAUUCUCUGCAAAAUCACUAAACACACAGAUUCUAGUGCCAGUUGUUUGUUUAUCGUGCAUAACACUCCUCUUUUGCAUCUAUUUUCAUGUCAUGAGAAGUCCCCAGUAAAUUCCUACAGGUGAGCUUCCUUUUUGAUUCACUGAUGUCAAAUAUUUUUCCAAAAUGUGUCUGCUGGAACCUUUACAGCUCUUGAAGCUUCAGAAGGUAACUCCACACUGAACUUCUGCCAAGAAGAGAUUUGGGACGUUACUCUUGUAAAGCACAGCAGUGUUAACUUCACUAAUUUGUUUGCUGUUAUACUUUUUGUAUUCUUCCAGCUCUCAUCCAGUAAACAAGUUGCAUGUAUAAACACUGAAAAAUAUACUUCUCCCUAGCUGGCUUACAGCAAGAGAAAUAUAAAGAGUUAACGACACGACACCAGAGUAAGUGCACCAAGUGUUUAAGAGAACAAAAUGAUGCUGUAAAUUACUCAUAAGGAUUUCCCGGUUUUGAUAUGAACCAAGGUGGAACUGCAGAACUUCAGCAGUCCUUACUGAGGUUUCUCCUGUUCAACUCCCUUAGACAACCAGGAAAGGAAAAUAAAUAAAUGCAUUUAAUAUGUAAUGUUCUUAAAUGGUAAGGUCUUGAGUGACACCUGCGAGCUACUGUGUGUCAACCUUCCACUGUCCUGAAAUUACAUUUCCUGAGAUUCUGACCUUUCUCUGUGAUGCAGAGUUUUUUGUUGUUUGAGAAUAGACUUGUACCCUCAGUAUGUACUGCACUAGAGCCAUGCUCCCAGUAGAUACUGUUUGUUGAGCAGGAGGAGGAUACUACUUUCCAGAAGAAUGAGGAGGACAGUGAAGUUUCUGAUGGAGCAAAAUCUCCAAGGAUUGUUUAUUUUGCAAAUGGUGAGACUGUGACAUACAGCAUGGGAGAGAAGGAGCAGCAGCAGCAGCCUGUUGACCUGGUGAGCCCCCUAUAGUUUCUCCAGGAACCAGCAGGGUGUGCCAUGGGAAUGAAACAUAGUUUCUAGACUUUACUGAGCUGAAAUACGAUGUUCUUACUAACUAGAGACGGGGGAAAAAGUAUUUCAUAAAAAUACUUAAAGCUGAUCUCAUUUUGGUUUAGUCUUGGAAGAGAUUAAAACAGCUUUACUCUCACAAGCACCUCCAGGUGGUGCAUCUCAAACACAUCUUUCAAAAUUCAGGUUUCUGUGCAGCUGUUGCCUAUCUUUACUAUCCUACCAAAAUACACUGUUUGUGGUGGGAUUCUAUAAAUAAUAUAUUAACUGAAUCUAACCAUGGGCAACAAUCUGUGAGAGAUGGAUUUACACAAUGACAGGCUUCUUUGUGAAGUUUCAGAUCACUUCAUAUUACAAGCUAGGUGAUGCAGGACUGUGUUUAGUGCAACUUCAUGGAUGAGCUUCUCUUUAGGUUUUAAAGCUUUCUGCUCUGUAGUCUUUGCUCUCCCGGGGGUCACGUCUCUAGUUUUGGACAGUUUAAAUUGCAACCACUUCAUUUCUUUGUAAGUUCAGGUUUGUUCUUUUUUGUUCUUGACUUAUUUUACCAAUGGACUAACUGGAAUGCAUUUGCUGCUUAAGUGACCUCUGACCUGCUGUAGAAAUUUUAAAAUGUAAGCAUUUUCUUCUGGCCAAAUAAUGUAAUCAAUCAACAAAUAAUUCAGAAUAGGCUGCUUGGUAUCAGCCUACUGGUCUUUUACAGUAGCCUGAAAGAUGUUUUCCUUGUCUCUGGGUACCUAGUGCCUUACUUGUGAGCAAAAGAGCAAUUAGAAAAUAGUAGGAAAAAACCUGGUUAUGACACAGACAGGUAACAACCAGGAUAUGGUACGUUAGGUUGAUUGUGUGCUGCCUUCACAUUUAGAGCAGUGUGGCAGAAUACACUUGCAGAAGAAUCCGAAUGGAGUGAUUGUAAUUAAGGAUAGGCCAUUUUGUCUGACUCCUGCCCCAGGACAGAUCAAAUCAUUCUUGACAGGCUUGUUAACUUCAUUCUCAAAGACUUCUGGUUAUUGUUACUGCCUCAGCUCACUUAGUAAUUGAUUCUGGUGGUUUGAAAUGCUUCCACUGAAAAUUCUUUAUUAACGUAGAUCAUGCCUUCUACGUUUCAAGCUUCUCUCUUAUCCUAUCAACAAAUCAUCCUCUUGUCUUUCAUGAUCUUUUCCUGUAUUUGACUGUUACCAUGCCUUCCCUUAGCUUUUCUAUCUGUAGACUAAACACCAUGCCUCUGCAUCUUUCUGCUUUGGUCUUAUUUCCUGAGAUAUUUACUCAUUCUUGCUGCCGUCCUCUGGACUUUCUCUCAUUUGUCCACAUGCUUUUCAAAUGUUGUCAUGCCCAAAACAGAACAGAAGCCUCCAGCUGGGGCUCACCAAGGCAGAGUAGUGCAUAACUGCUACCUAAGCAGCUGUUUCCCAUCUUCUCUGUGUACGGAAUGAUAUUUUCAGAAGUUUUCUUACAUCCUGGUAGGAUUUUUUUCCCCCAGAAUGUUUCUUUUGUAGAUAAUGUUUUGAAUUGUAUUCCCAUUGUUCAUGCUCCUUGCAACUGUUUGUAAAAAUGUAUUCAUAGGUACACCUAUUGCAUCAAUCCAUCCGUUAGUGAAAGUACCAAGUAGAGAUGUCCAAGCCAAAGCCUUGCUCUGUGUAUCCCUUUGUGCUAACAGUGAAUUAUUGGUAGCCAAUCCCUGCGUGCUCUUUCACUAAAAAACAACUUUUCUAAGAAAAGUCCAACCCAUGGCUGACCCUUUUUAUUUGAAGCAACACGAUGUUACUUAUUGUCAUUUCUCUUACAUUCACUACGCUUUUUCCUAUAGUGAAUUUUUGAAUGAGCACCACAUCGCUAUGCAUAGCAUUAUGGCUGCUGCUUAGAUUAGUUGUUGUUUAUUACUGCAUAAUGUAUUGUAAAUUAAAAUCAUUAUUGUUAAACAGCAAAAAGGAUCCGAGAUGGUGAAAUAAGUUAUGUAAAAGAGGUACUUACGGCUAUACGGAGUGUGAAUUCCAUCCUCUGUCUUUAUGCAACUUGAUAGGCUCCAAUUACAAGAUCCUGCACCACCUGCCCGACCUUAAGAUAAUUGAAUCAUUGCUUAUUCAAGGGAGCAUGGGCUGUUUUCAGUGUCUUUUAUACAUCUGUGCAGUCUUAUUCUAUUUACUGUGCUAUGCUGAAAUGUAAUACAGAAUGGGACCUUACUAUCUCCUCUUGGGUUUAUAAAGAGUGGUGGCAUGGAAACAUCUGAAUGCUCUGCAUGUGUAUGUUUUUAUGAUACAAAGAUGAGUCAAAAUUGUCAGCAGUCAGCUAACUUAGAGUGCCCAGCUAAAAAGGUCAUGGGACGCUUAGCAUGGAACAUUGGGGAUAGUGUUCCUAUUGUGCACUUUUGUAGCAGCUAUGUACGGUCAAGGCUUCUGCCCAGGGGCCGUGGGUAUUUCAAGCCAGAGCCCAGCAAGCACACAUCAGGUACCUAUAAACAGUCAAAAUUCACAUGGGGAUUAUAUGGGAGUUCUAGGUUAGAGGCUGCUGUAGCACCUACCUUUCUCCCUCACCUUCAGGCUGCCUCUACUAUACAAACAUCUUUUCUUCCUUCGCAUCUUCCAGGCCCUUCAUGACCUUGGGUGGGGUUCCUAUGCACAGCAUUAUCCUUCACCCUGAUGUCCUGGCCCACAGCAAAGGCAGUGCCUGCUCAGUCCCACUGAUAAUGAGGUGUGACUCAUAUGGGGAAAUACAGGAUAUACAGUCUCUUUUCCAUUAUUCAAUGUAAAUAAAGGAUUUAAUGAAAAGAUGCAGCGAGAAACACUCUGGAACAUGUCCAAAGUUUGAAUUCUGCCACUCAGCUUUCUUAUAACUAAGUUCACUCUAAUGUUGUCUUUUCAAAUAGUUUAAGUACUCCAGGGGAAAAAAAAAAAAAAAGGAACAACAACAACAAAAAAAACCAACAGUAUUUCUGAGGAUUGCCCUGUGUGCCUUCCACACAUGAAUCUUCUCAACAGAUUGUGUAUUUGAGCAUGGGCAGACAUUCCCAGGAACAGCAAAAGCUGGACCUGUGACCCCUUCUGUCAGUUCUCAAGGGGCUGAGACACUCUAAUUCUCUCACAGUUUAUGACUGUUAAGUUGUUUUAAUGUGAACUGGAGAAAACCCAUUAUUUUACUCCUGUCCCUGUUUUCAAGCAUUUGGAAGUCCCUUUCUUCCCAAUGUGGCACAAAAUAUCUCAGCACUAACAAAAAUAGUGUCUGGUAAGUUUGUGACCUUCAUUACUGUUUUAGAAUCAGUGUGACCUAAAAGGUAUAUUAAUUAGUAGGUAGUAAGUUGGGUUGGAGUUAAAUCUACUGCAGUUUUAUGAGAUGCAGUUGAGCCCUAUAAUGGAUGAAACUGAAAUGAAUUUGUUCAGUUGAAACAUAGUGUGGAUAGCAAGUGCAGUAAAUGGGAUUGACUACCCCAGAAAUGCUGGCCAGCCUUCUGGAAAAAGAUUUAAAGGCAGGGAUAUGACGAAGGUAAAUAAAGAGGAGAAUCCCAAGUUUUCAAUAAUAUAAUAGGCUGCUCCCUGUGUCAUCUUGUUUGCUGAUCUUUAAUGUCCACAUGGGUGUGAACACAGCUAUACCAUUUUCUGCUAUUGGAUAAAAUGCCCUUUGCAAAAAGCCCCUGAGUAGAAGGAUGACAUUCCAGGUGUUAUUUUUCUUUUGUGGGUUUUCAGCAUUUGAACUCCUUGGAGGGAAACAUGCUGUACUUCAUGGACUGAAUGAGCCUAAAUACAAAUAUGCAGCAGAGGACUACCAUAGAGGAUACAGGAGAGGAUGUGCUUUAUUUAACUUUACUCCUAUGCUUUAUGCCACAAGAGAUGUUCAGGAUUGAAACCAGCUUUUAACAAUUUAUUGUUGGAGUAAAUUUGGUUCCGUAAUGCAGUUUCAAUUAAAGUUAUUUGGAAACUUCA